AUGGCACCGCAACAUACGACCAACGUGGCAGCGGAUAUGCUCAUUCGCGCCAAGAGCAUUUACACACUGGAUCCUGAUGUCCCUGUUCAACGCUCCAUUACAAUCCAAGGCGACACCAUCUACGGGAUCUCUCCAGAGUCGAACGGUCUUGAUGCACUCAUUAGGCCCGAUACACGAGUCAUUGACGAGCCCCAAGCCACUGUGCUCCCAGCCUGUGACGACUCACACACUCAUCUCAUUUUUGCCGCUCUUGGCGCUCGAGGAUCGCGCCGCCAAGACGCAACCCGGCAACUGAGUUUGCUCCUGUACAAACUGGCAAGAGUUCAACAUCAAGGAGCAGCGGCUUCCGACAUUGCAGGAGCUGACGGUAUCAGCACCGAGCACCCAAUUCUGGUGCGCCGCGGCGGCCACAAUGCCGUCCUCAACUCAAAGGCCCUGGCGCUGGCUGGCGUGACAGAGACGACGGAAGUGCCUCGGGGCGGCAAGAUUGGUAGAGAUGAAAAGGGGCGUCUGAACGGGCUCUUGCAGGACGCUGCCUUGAGCUUUCUAUUCAAGGCACUGCCACGCAUCUCCCUGCAAGAAAGAAUCGCGGGACUAGAGGCGGCGCGCGCCUCGUACGCCGCUGCCGGCAUUGGCUGUGUCCGGGACUGCUUUGUCACCAUUGACGACAUGGCAAUCCUCAAGCCCGCCAGGGACGCUGGUAGGCUGCAUACGCGUGUGCGUGCGCUUAUAGCAUCCCUCGGUGCCACGACAGUUGCCGACAUGAACGCGCUUCUCGACACGAUGGAGCCGUAUCGAGCAUUGCAAAACGACCCAUGGCUAUCAGUCUGGGGCGUCAAGUUCAUGAUUGACGGGGGCAUCGAAGCCGGUGCGACUGAGGAUGCAUACUGUAGCGAGGGCUGCGGCUGUCCCGUCGGUGCUACGGACUUCCGCGGCCGGCUGCUGUGGGAGCCGGACACACUCGUGGACGUCAUGGAUGUCGUUCUGCGCCGUGGCUGGCGUAUCGGCACUCACGCGUACGGUGACAGGGCCACGCAGAAUCUGCUAGACGUGUAUGAGAAGCUGCUAGAGCGUCACCCGGACCUGCCCCAAGGAAGUCUCGUCAUGGAGCACGGCGCACUCGCCACCAAGGAUCAGCAAGACAGGGCCGUGGCCUUGGGCAUCCCCGUGACCAUCCAAGCGCCGCUGCUUCACGACGUUGCCGGAAUUCAAGAGAUCUACUGGGGCCGCGAGCGCGUCAAUCGAAUCUUCCCUGUGCGCCAGUGGAUCGAUGCCGGCGCGCUUGUCACGGCAGGCUCAGACUUUCCGGUCGGUCCGUACGGCUCCAUGUUUUCGCUCUGGGCCAUGGCCACGCGUAAAACGGUAGUGGGUGUCCGCGGGCCAGAGUAUGCUAUUACGGUGGCCGAGGGAAUUGUGCUUCAUACUACCGCGGCGGCGAAGCUCUUGGGCGAGACGGACAAGCGAGGGAUGCUCGUCCCGGGACGGUUUGCGGACCUGAAUGUCUGGAACAGCGACCCGUAUGAGGCUGCUCAGAAUGCAGAUUCGAGACUGGAAACGACGCUUUAUUCCAUAAUUGGCGGGCAGGUGAAGAAUUGUCCUGCAUCGUAG